UGUUGAUCUCUUGAAUAUAUGAAACCUUGUUAUACUGUAGUGGCAUAGCUUAGCAGAUCAGAGCGGCUAGUUACUUCCUGUGAUUUUGCAUCAAUGGUGAUUCUGCAUUGCUCCCGUCGUUUCUUCCGUUUUCCGAGGUGGCCCAAUGUAUUGUCAUCCCGCUUCUGUACUUUUUCCACCAAAAGUAGCGACGGCAAAUCAUCAUUUCUCUGGGAGACCGACUCCAGUGAUGCUACACCGGUACAACUCUUCUCUUGGGGCCGGGGCGCCUCCGGUCAGCUCGGCGGCGGGAUUGAAGAGGUCCGUCUAUACCCUGCUCCUUCUGCUUCUCUCCUCCUCCCUCGCACCUUCCGCCUUUGCCCCUCAAUUCCUGGCCGCCUUCCUCCUGCCGUAUCUGACGCCACCCUUUGCGAGACAGAGAUAGGAAUAUCUUGUGGACUUUUCCAUUCUGCAUUAUUAAUUGAUGGAAAGUUCUGGAUUUGGGGGAAAGGAGAUGGUGGACGACUUGGCCUUGGUCACGAAAACCCCCAAUUUGUUCCCGUUGUAAACCCCAAUUUGGAUUGCGUCAAAAGCCUCAAUCUUGGUGGACUUCAUUCUGUUGCUUUAAAUUCCCUUGGUCAAGUCUUCACAUGGGGUUAUGGAGGUUUUGGGGCUCUUGGCCAUUCAGUUUACCACAGAGAGUUGUAUCCUAGAAUGGUGGAAGGCUCCUGGGAUUCAGAAAUAUGUCAUAUCGCUACAAGUGGGACUCAUACUGCAGCCAUAACAAAAUCAGGUGAGCUUUACACAUGGGGAAGAGAAGAAGGGGAUGGGAGACUGGGUCUUGGUCCUGGUCGUGGCCCAGAUCAAACUGGAGGCUUAAGUGUUCCUUCAAAAGUAAAAGCAUUGCCUGUGCCCGUUGCUGCAGUUUCUUGUGGAGGGUUUUUUACAAUGGCACUUACUAAGGAGGGACAACUUUGGAGUUGGGGUGCCAACUCUAAUUAUGAGCUUGGAAGAGGCGAUAAGACGUCCGGUUGGAAACCAAAACUAGUUUCGAGUGUUGAAGAUGUUCGCAUUACUCAGAUAGCAUGUGGUGGAUAUCACUCUCUUGCUUUGACCGAUGAAGGUAAAGUACUUUCCUGGGGUUAUUGUGGGCAUGGACAAUUGGGACAUUCUACACUUGAGAAUCAAAGAACUCCUGCAAUUAUUGAGGCUUUAGCCGACAUGAAAGUUGUUUACAUAGCUACUGGUGGUUCAACGUCAGCAGCGGUUACUGAUACUGGAAAACUAUACAUGUGGGGAAAUACAAGGGAUUCACAAAUAGGCAUUCCUGGGGUGCCUGAGUUACAACAACUUCCUAUUGAAGUGAAAUUUCCAGAAGAAGAAGAUAAUUUGGGAAGUUAUAAUGUGCUUUCAGUUUCCAUUGGCGCAUCACACACAAUGUGUUUGGUUGCGAGGAACAUGUAGACUAGUAGUGUUUGCUUCCUUCUCUUGUCAUGCGUUAAUUCCUCUGCACCACUUUUGUGGAAGUCUGGAGAUCGAUCCGAGAGUAUAUCUUUCCCUGCCCUGAAUUUUCCAUUUUUGCAUUCCCUGGCUGGUUCAGAGGAUGUUUGAUUCAACACUUGAAACCGUUUUGCUCUCACAAAGUGGAGGUGUGACUGAUAAUUUAUGUAAUUUAUUAUCAAAUAUAGGGCAUGAAUUAUGUCACAUAAUAUUUCAGUCAUAAUUAGUGGAAUCUUACACCA